UUUUCGGAAUGUUGGUUCAACAAGAUUUUGGAACUUUGGACGAAGAGAAACUUUAGGUGUGACUGUGGAAAUUCAAAGUUCGGGGAAUUCUUCUGCAAGCUUGACGCUAGCAAAGAUGUUGAAAACACGGAGAAUUCAUAUAAUCACAAUUUCAAAGGUUCAUACUGCACAUGUUGCCGGCCAUAUACUGAUCCUGAUGUUGAAGACCAAUUGGAGAAUCUCCAAUGGUGUAUCUGUGAGGACUGGUUUCAUGAGGAGCAUCUUGGUCUUGAGUCCUCUGAUAUGGUUCCAAGGGAUGAAAAUGGGGAGCCUCAAUUUGAGGAUUUAAUCUGCCAGGGAUGCGCAGCUAUUUGUUCUUUUCUAAAGCUAUAUCCUCAUUCUAUAUAUGCACCGGUUCAGCAGCACACUGCUACAAACUCUUCGAAGGACAAGGAGGUGGUUGAAGAUGCACCCUCGACUGUGGGAUCUUCUGAGGAGCUUAACAGUGGAAGUUCCUCAAUUGAGACUCCUGUAACUGAGGAUAAUCCUAAAAAAGACUUCACCGGGAAGGCUGUUGUUGGAGAAAACGUUGCAACAAACACAAUUCUGAAUCAGUGUAACCAAAUUGCUGGUCCUAGUACCAAAUGUGUCCUUGGACUGAACUUGUUAGAAGCUCCAAUUCGCCUUGAGAAAAGCAAGCCAAUGUUCCUUUCUAACGACUGGAGAGAAAUUCUCUGUAGGUGUCCAAAUUGCACAGAAUUCUACAAACAGAAAGGGCUUGCCUUCUUACUUGAAAGAGAGGAUACAAUUGCAGAAUAUGAGAAAAUGGCAAAGCAGAAGAGAGCUCAACAUGAGCAAGAACUUAGUGCUGAGAUGCUUAAUAAACUGGGCCACGUUGGGAAAAUGGAGGUUUUGACUGGCAUUGCUUACCUUAAAGACGAGAUCGGUACCUACCUGGCAUCCUUCGAUCCAUCAAAGCCAGUUAUAUCUGCUGACGUUCAUAAGAUUUUUGAGAAUCUUGCCCAGAAGCGCAGACGUAUGACUUAAGUUAUUUUGAAUGUUCAAGAAAAGUAGCUUUGCAACUGCACAUCGAGUGUAGUUAGUUUUGCUGAUCAUGUACUAGCAAUUUUAACUGCUCUAUAUAUGUACCAAGGGGAAUUCUUAGUGUGCUUUACUAUCUAAGUUUAGCUUUAUCAUAUUGUCUUACCUAUAGUGAGAGUACGAUCAUGUUGUUAAGCUCAAAGAACUCCUUUAUGCUAGAAAGUUUCUAUUGGAUCAAAAUUUCUCGUUCAUCUUA